ACGGAAGUCGGACCGACCCGCGAUUCGGAGUGCGAGGCCCCGCCCCCAUCCUGAAAGGCUAGACUCGCGCUGGGCGAAGCGGCGGAAGUUCCGUGUCCUCGAACUCAGGCGAGGGACGCGCGGUGUCAUGGCUGCGGAUAAUGAAGAUGGCGCAGUCUCAACUUCGGCGGCCUCUGACGAUGCUGUUAGCAAAAGCACAAAAUCAGGAGAAGAGCUAGUAAUCCAGGUUCCCGUAGUGGAUGUGCAAAGCGACAACUUCAAAGAGAUGUGGCCAUCCCUCCUGCUGGCCAUAAAGACAUCCAGUUUUGUGGCUGUGGACACGGAACUGAGUGGGCUUGGAGACAGGAAGAGUUUGCUAAACCAGUGCAUCGAGGAUCGUUACAAGGCUGUGUGUCAUGCUGCCAGAACCCGUUCCAUCCUCUCCUUGGGCCUCGCCUGCUUCAAGCAGCAACCAGACAAGCAGACCCUGUUUGUCUCCCAGGGUGAACACUCAUACCUGGCCCAAGUAUUCAAUCUGACUUUGCUCUGCAUGGAGGAGUAUGUCAUAGAACCAAAAUCUGUGCAGUUCCUGGUACAGCAUGGCUUCAAUUUCAACCGCCAGUAUGCCCAGGGUAUUCCCUACCAUAAGGGCAAUGACAAGGGUGAUGAAAGCAAGAGCCAGUCAGUGAGGACUCUGUUCCUGGAGCUGAUCCGGGCCCGCCGGCCUCUUGUGCUACACAAUGGUCUGAUAGACUUGGUGUUCCUGUACCAGAACUUCUAUGCACAUUUGCCAGAGAACCUAGGAACUUUUACUGCUGACCUGUGUGAAAUGUUCCCUGCUGGCAUUUAUGACACCAAAUAUGCUGCUGAGUUUCAUGCCCGCUUUGUAGCUUCCUACCUAGAAUAUGCCUUCCGGAAAUGUGAGCGGGAAAAUGGGAAGCAGCGAGCAGCUGGCAAGCCACAUCUUCAUCUGGAGUUCUGCAACUAUCCUUCUAGUAUGAGGAGCCAAAUUGACUACCGUUGCUGCAUGCCACCUGCAACCCACCGUCCUCAAUCUACCAGCAUCUGCGAUAACUUCUCAGCCUAUGGCUGGUGCCCUCAAGGACCACAGUGUCUUCGAUCCCACGAUAUUGACCUCAUCAUUGAUACUGAUGAGGCUGUGGCAGAGGACAAACGGCGAAGACGGCGGCGUAAGGAAAAACGGCGAAGGGCAUUAUUGGGCCUGCCUGGGAAACAGACCUCUGGGGAAGCUGAGGAUGGUCCUCCCACGAAGCAGAUCUGUGGAGAUCUCAGGACUGAGGAAAUUUCUGAGGAAGUGGCAGAGGAUGGGACUAAGAACCAGCCUUGCUCUGAGCAAGGUCACAGAAAUGACAUGGAGAUUAACCUUAAUGCAACAAAGCCUGAAACACCUGACUUGGCUGCAUCAGAAACACCAGGGAAUCAAGCAAGUCCUAACUCAGUGCCUGGUGAUGGACUGCAUCGGGCUGGUUUCGAUGCCUUUAUGACAGGUUUUGUGAUGGCCUACAUGAGCCUGAGCCAAGAGCCCAAGUCCUGUAGCUCUGAACACUGGCUACCUGAAUGCCACAACAAAGUAUAUCUGAGUGGCAAAGCUGUACCCCUCACAGUGGCCAAGAGCCAAUUCUCUCGUUCCUCAAAAGCCCACAACCAGAAGAUGAAGCUGGCAUGGGGCAGCAGCUAACCCAGUUUCUAUCUAACACUGAGUGCCCAGGAGAAGAAGCUUAGAGUGUAACAGAAAGUUCUGGACUUCCAACCUGUGAUGUGUCUUCUCUCAACUACACACUGUUGGGGAUGGAGUGGCGUCUGGCAGUUAAGACUGUGUUGCUCCUGGACCUUCUAUAUCUGGGAGACUGAGAUGCAAGAGUACAAAUAAGAAGGUUUGCCAACGCCUGUAACACCAUCUUUAUUAAAUUUUAAAUCUGGAAGUAUCUUGGGAAAUUUUUACAAAAAAACAAAAAAUCAACAGAAACAAGUUAUGAAAAUGUU